AUGACAAGAUUUCUAAUGCUUACUUAUCUAUUAUGUCUUUAUUUUAUUGAUACAAUGAAAUUAAUUAGAAAGUAUAUCACAACCAAUUCAAGAAAAGUUAUAUUCCCUAAUAGAACUAUUAAUGAUAAUGAUGCAAAGGAUAUUGUUGAAACAUCAUUAAACAAUGAACAAGUUCAGAAUAAAACUGAUUGGCUUAUAUAUAAUGAAAGUAAUAUAGGUUUAGUGGAUACAAUACCACAUAUAUUGAUUAGUUAUAGUCAUGAAGAGAAAGAUAUGGCAAUGUAUUUAAGUGAACAACUAGAAAAUAAAGGUUACAAGGUAUGGAUUGACUAUAAAGAUAUGAUGUAUGAAACUGAUGUAAUGGAGGGUAUGGCAAAAGCUGUAGAAAAUGCAUAUGUUGUUUGUAUUCUCUACUCUAAAUCAUAUAAAGAAAGUCUUCACACAAAAUGUGAAGCUCAAUAUGCUUAUCAUGAAAAAAAGCCAAUAUUAUUUCUACGUGCACAAAGAGGUUAUGUACCAGAUGGAUGGUUAGGUUUUAUGAUGGGAACACGAUUGUAUAUUGAUAUUUCUGGAAAAUAUCCUUUUGAAGACAAAUUUAUUGAAUUGUGUAAAAGAAUAGACGUAUAUAAAAAACAAUCCAUUGAUCAACUAAAUAAUCAUUGUCAAAAUAAACCAAUAGAAGUGAAUACCAAUUCAAUUACCUAAAUGUGUAAACAUUGAGUUGGUUCAUGUUGCUUACAAAGUAUGAAUAACAAAAUAUUAUUACGUAAUUGAUCCUAGAAAAAAAGGGAAGGAAAUCAUUCGAAAAUAGAAUUCAAAUAAACAUAAAGCGUAAUGAAUAAUACUGUUUCAGUUACUUGUUUGUAUUUUUCUUUCACUGUUUUCAUUAUACUACUUAAUUCAUUAAAAUGUUCUGGAUAUCUGUGAUU